AUGAUAUCUGUAGUUCGCUUAAAGAAAGAGAAUUAUGAUAAGAAGACCAAGUUAGAGCAGUUUCUAGACUACUAUGACUGCCCUGUGUGCCUAAUUAUGAAGGAUAACAUUCUUGAAUGUCCAUCCUGUAAAUCUAGAGCAUGCAUGAGCUGUCUUGAAGAUUUCGCUAAAGUCAAGAAUAAUCCUUAGAUCGAUACAGCAAACUAUACAUUUAUGUGCAUGAUCUGCCAAAAAAUCUCAAAGCAACUUCCAAUGCACAAAUUCCUAUAUAAUCUAUUGCAAGAGCUCAGAUUUAAAUGCAAUGACUGCCUAAAAUCUAUGGCUUUGAGAAAACUCAAGUGCCACAAGGCUAGAGGAGAAUGUCAAAGAGAUGGUAAAGGAGAUGAGGCUGAAAAUGAUCAGGUAAUGGCUGAGUUUUAGCCAAACGCUCAAUCAAGCUAAGUUAAUGCUUUGAUUAAGAGUUUGUUCAUUUUCGAGCGUGAUUCAAAAUUCAUUCAUGAGUAUGAAAUCUAAACCUAAACCCUUCGCAAGAGAACUGUAGAGUCAGCAAGUGCCUUCCCUCACAACUUCUAAUCAGUUUAGACUCCUUCUGGAAGACUAUUUCUGAUUGGAGGUGGAGACUUUAAUAAGGUGCCAGAAUCUAUGUUCGAAUGCAGUGAGGUCUUCCUUGACGAUGACAAGUGCUUGCUCCUCCCUAAAGAUAAAUUAAAGUAUCCCAGACAUGGCCAUUCAGCAUGCUCACUUGGUGAAAAAUUCAUCAUUGUAACAGGCUCAAGAAAAGAGACAGAUUAGGCUCAGAUCAGAGCUGAGUGCUACAAUGUAGAUAUCGAUGUAUGGUUUGACAUCCCAAAUCUAAAUGAGGGUAGACAUUACCACGCUAGUUGCUCCUUCCUUGACAGAUUCGUGUAUGUAUUCUGUGGAAUUUAAAAUUAGUCAAAGAAAUAUAUUAAUUCUAUCGAGAGAUACGACAAUCAAAAUAAAGCUAAAGGCUGGGAAGUAAUUAAUUUCCCUGCAGAGAAGUUUCCUGCCAGACAAGGCUUAGGGGUAGCUUAAAUGAAUAACAAUGAAAUUUUAAUCUUUGGAGGCUUCAAUGGGAGAUUUAUGAAGGACGCGCAUGUAUUGAACUGCAAUAAAAAAUCAAUCAAGCCUGCAGACCAUCAACCAACUCUAGAGCUAUUUUUGUUCCAGAUGCCAACUGUGUAUGAAUAAGUCACAGGAAGUGUUUAUACAGUAGAUUGGUAAAAGAUGAAGAUUAUACAAUAUGUGAGAAACACUUGGAAAACAGUAGCUGAUCUGAGGAAAUGA